AUGACGAUUCAAAUAAAGAGAAGACUUUCAUUCAUCAUCAACUUUUUGUUGCUGAAACCCCUUAGUUUUGGAAAUCCUACUGAUGAAGGAACUUCGGACGGAAGUACGUCAUCGGCUGUCUCCUUUGCCUGUGGUUUCGCAAUUUUACUAAUAACAAUUGUAUAUUUAACUGUGCAAUUUACGAUGGAAAAGUUUUCAAGCGACUCAAUGUGGGGACUUAUGUUCUUUUUAAUCGCCACAGGAAUAAUUGCCGCAGCUCUUCUGGUAUCAACCGUAUGCUGUAAGUCGAAUGACGUCAUACAACAACAACAGUUAAAAGGCAAAUGUGUCGAACUAGAGAUAAAGUUUCUUUGGUUUUCCGGGCUAGGUGUCCUUCUACGAACUGGUAUAAAUUUGGUGAUUAAUUUCGAAUGCAUUAAAAAUUCAUCAGACCCUCGGGGGAUAUUGGAGAUCAUCUCUUCAUUCCUAAAGAUUAUGUUCAUGUUAAUCCAAAUGAGUUUUAUUACAUUUUUAAGGAACACGCGUUUGCUUGGUGGUUUAUUUAUUAAUUACUUGAUUGGAGUGCUAUUUCUGGCAAACACCAGUAUAUGGGUCAAUUUUGUCACAUUAAGAGUAGUUAAAAUCUAUGAUUUUCCUAACAUUACAAUUUCACUCACAAAUUUAUCUGCUUUCGAUGACUGUUAUUUUCACUCUAAAACGCAAAAUAUGUCCAGACAUCUAAGUUCUUUUAUUAUCAGCGUAAGCAUGCUGUUUCUUUUGUUAUCAUCUAUGUUUCUUAUUCGUCUGUGGCCAUCCAUUCAAAACGUAACAAAAAUGAGCAACCGUUUGAAUAAAUGCACGGUAUCGAAUACAAGUAGUGAACAACCCAACGCCAACAAUCGAGCUUUGAAGAGUCGUAGGAUAGUCCGAAUUAUUUCAUUUGGGGGGAGUUUCUUUAUCAAUUUUCCGUUUUUCACGAUGGCUUUAUUAAUGAGGUAUGUGUACACUGAUGAUAUCAAUACUGUUAAAGUUUUUUGGGACUUAUUUGUUAUUUUUUGUUUAACUGUCAUGGUGCUGAUCAUUGUUUUUGGAAUCCAAAACCUUAAUUUAAAUUGUAUAGAAAAGAGACCUUUUUCAACAUGGGAAUUCAUUUUCCUGGUAUCUAUGGCUAGCAAAGUUGUCAUGAGCAUCCUUGGAUGUACUUCAAUCGUUAUUUGUUUUGUUGAUAAACCAGUCACAAUCUUUACAAAAAACAUAUUGGAUUUAAUCUUGACAUUGUAUCACACUGUCUACAUCAUAGUUGCUCGACGCACGCCUCAUUUCGAGUUUGAUAAAUCGAUCGCAAAUCUUUCAAUCCAUGUUAUUCUAUUUUGUUGUUGUCUUGGACGUUGGUUUCUGCAAACUUUUAUUCUUAGUUCUGCGGGGAUGUACAUAUUUGAAGAAGGUGAACAGUGUUUGUUUACCGAUCGAAGAUCUUGGCGCACUACACAAUAUGUCUUGAUACCUCUGAAUGCUUUUUAUGAUUUCCAAUCAUUUGUAUUUUAUUACGGUAAAAUAUGA